CGCCGCCGCCCUGAGCCGCGCGGUCCCCUCGGUCCCCUGGGUCACGGGCAUGGCGCGCGCGGCGGGGCGCGAGCGGCGGCUCCUGGCCGUCUACACCGGCGGCACCAUCGGCAUGCGGAGCGAGCGCGGCGUGCUUGUCCCCGGGAGUGGCCUGGAGGCCGUGCUGCGGACCCUGCCCAUGUUUCACGACGAGGAGCACGCCCGGGCCUGUGGGCUCCCCGAGGACACCCUGGUGCUGCCGCCCGCCAGCCCCGACCAGAGGGUCAUCUACAGGGUGCUGGAGUGCCAGCCGCUCUUCGACUCCAGUGACAUGACCAUCACCGAGUGGGUUCAGAUCGCCCAGACGAUCGAGAGGCACUACGAGCAGUACCAUGGCUUCGUGGUCAUCCACGGCACCGACACCAUGGCCUUCGCUGCCUCCGUGCUCUCCUUCGUGCUGGAAAACCUGCAGAAAACCGUCAUCCUCACCGGGGCCCAGGUGCCCAUCCACGCGCUGUGGAACGAUGGCCGUGAGAACCUGCUGGGCGCCCUGCUGCUGGCCGGCCAGUACGUGAUCCCCGAGGUCUGCUUGUUCUUCCAGAAUCAGCUGUUUCGGGGCAACCGAGUGACCAAGGUGGACACGCGCGGGUUCGCGGCCUUCUGCUCCCCCAACCUGCCGCCUCUGGCCACCGUGGGCGCUGACGUCACACUCAACCGGGAGCUGGUGCGGAGGGUCCGCGGGCAGGGCCGGCUGGUGGUGCACAGCUGCAUGGAGCUCGACGUGGGCCUGCUGCGCCUCUACCCUGGGAUCCCCGCCACCCUGGUCCGGGCCUUCCUGCAGCCCCCCCUGAAGGGCGUGGUCAUGGAGACCUUCGGCUCGGGAAACGGGCCCACCAAGCCUGACCUGCUUCAGGAGCUGCGGGCGGCGGCCGGGCGAGGCCUGGUCAUCGUCAACUGCACCCACUGCCUUCAGGGCGCCGUCACCUCGGACUACGGCGCUGGCACGGCCCUGGCGGGAGCCGGCACCAUCUCGGGCUUCGACAUGACGUCGGAGGCGGCCCUGGCCAAGCUGUCGUACGUGAUGGGCCUCCCGGGGCUGAGCCUGGACAGCCGGAAGGAGCUGCUGGCCAGGGACCUGCGUGGGGAGAUGUCGCCGCCUGCGGUGCACGAGCUCCGGCCCUCUCUGCGGGGCAGCGCGCUGGGCCGCGGGGUUGCCCAGCUCCUCAGUGUGAGCCAGGAAGCUGAUGACGUGUGGGACACCCUGGCGCCCAGCCUGGCCUGUGCUGCGGCCUACGCCGGCGACCUGGAGGCCCUGCAGGCGCUGGCAGAGCUGGGCACUGACCUGAGCCUGGAGGACUUCGGGGGUCAAACUCCUCUGCACGCGGCCACCCGCGGGGGCCAGGCCGCGGUGGUCACCAUGCUGCUGCAGAGAGGGCUGGAUGUGCACGCGCGGGACAAGGACGGCCUCAGCCCGCUGCUGCUGGCCCUGAGGGGCAGCUGGGACUCUGCCAUGAGCCCCCGACGGGCAGCUCCGCUGUAACACAGAGCCCCUGGGGGCUGGCUGGUCGGCCGCCCAACAUCUGCAGCAAACGCCACUGCAGCCGGAGCGCAGCAGUGCCAGGCCUGAUCCGCGGUGCCCUGAGGGGCCCGGAGGGGCUCAGCAAGGAUGCGGAUGCUGCCGUCUGACUGCCAGCGCCUUUUGGUGGAAGUUCAUUCAACAGUGUUCUUCCUGUGCCACCUCCUCUGCCCCCCAGCAGCCCGGGGACGGGGGCUCCCCUGCUGCGGCUCAGGUGAGGGAUCGUGGGGUGUUCCCUAGUCUGUAGCUUGGAGUCGUGUUGUACGAUGUGCAUAUACACCUUACAGACUGAUGAAAAUAAACGUAUGUUCUAAAGCAUCACCGUGUCCUGGGGCUGGCUGUCCUCUCUCCCCCAGGCCUGGUCGUGGUCUCUCCCUCUUCCUUCCAACCCCAGAGGAAGGGAAAUGAAGACGGUUGUGGGAGGGGUGGCCAGGUCCUCACCUGCCUUGCCUCUGGCACUGUGGUCUCCCAGCAAGUCCCCAGCUGCUGUCACCAUCCUUCUCUUAGCCGGGGAAGGGACGCCUCCUGAAACCUUCCAAUGCCCCGACCCAGGCCCCUGCCCCCCCCCUCCCUUCUGCUUUGAGCUUCUGCUGCCUCAAGGAGCCGGGCUGGGGAGAGGACUUGGUCCUCCACCUGCCUCCGCCUCACCCCACAUGGGCCCCUGGCUGGCUGCUACCAUGCCCAGUGUGGCCGGGCUCUAGUCACUGGGAGGGGCAAGGUCGGAGGGCUUAGGGGCUGAAGUGAUGGAGGACCCUCCUCUGCCGUACCAUCCCCCCCUCCUGGCACAGACUGAGAGUCAGUCGUGGUUACACGUCCCAGCCCUGCCGCCCAUAAGCAAGUGACCUUGGCAACUCCCUGCUCCUCUCAGAGAGCCCUUUGCUUCCUCUGGCAGAGGGGGUGGUAGUGCCCACUUGUGGUUCUCGCUGGAGGGGCCACUGAGACCAUCAGCCAGACUCCCAGAGCGCUGACGUGGGGCAGAGCUAGAGCUUAUCCCGGGGACGGUAAUGCCUUGUAGGGGGAGGGCUGGUGGGGGGAAGACGCCAGGUGUUGAUGGGGUGGGGCCUCACAGCAGGCCCCCUUGGCUCCUGGGGCUUUCUGUGACCAGCCCUGUCUUUCCUGACAUCCACUGCACCCCCGCCCCGCCCCCGCCUCUGCCACUCCUCUCUGUCUGGUGGACGAUGCUGAAGGUCCCCAGUAUCCAUUCUCUUUAGCAGUGGAAGCCCCUAGUGUCGGCUGGACAUGUGGCCCCCUGGGCUGCUAGUGUGGGGCUCUGGCCCGCCCCUACGUCCUCUGUCCCCUUCCCGGGUGGAUCCAGGCCGCCGCGGUGCUGAUCCCGCCCUGGCCUUUCAGACAAUGCCCCCCCUCCGCGCUCCCCCCGCCACGGUAGAGCAUCCCUGGUCGAGACUGACCAACUCAUCAAGGUUUGCCUGGGACUUUCUGGUUUUAACACUGGAAAUCUCAUGUUCUAGGAACCCUCUUUGUCCCAGGCAAACUGGGACAGCUGGUCAGCCUACCCUGGACCAGCUCAGGGGACCUGCCACCCUGGCUUCUUGGACCCCUUACCAGCGUCUUUUCCACAAGAGAAAUUAACCUUCUGUCUUUUUAAAGCCUCUGUUACUUUGGUCUCUAGUAAAGUAGCUAAACCAGUCUUCUGAGUGAGUGGUUCUCUGGCUUCGCUGUGUGGCUGUCACUGGGUGGGCUGGUGAAGAUCGCCAGGCCCAGACUCAGAGGGGCAGGAGGGGCAGGGAACCUGUGCCUUGGCCAAGUUCCCUGGUGAUUCUGAUCGAGGCCCGAGGCUGGGAACCACUGUCUUAAGUGGUAGAUCUCAGCAAGAGAAAAGAACUGGAGGAAGAUGGCCAGUUCUCAACCUCAGAGGGGCCUGGAGUUAGACUCACUGUAGCCCGGGGGCAGCCCCCUGCAGGUUGCCUGUGCGGCAGGGACUCAGGUAGGGAUGCUGCGGAUGGAGGGGCUGACAGGCAGGCCAGAACAGACACUGCCUCCGAGGCUGAGAAUCUUCACAGAGGAGGAGGGACAGAUGACAGUUCCCUACUUUCUCCACACCCUCAGUGACGUGGUGCGUGUCCACUCGGGGAGGGCUCUGGGGCCACUGUGAUGGGUUCUUAGAGACUGCAGGGCCCAUGGAUGGGAGGGGACAUGUCCAAGCGAGCUUUCCUCAAGCCCUCCGGUCGUUGGGGAUCACCCUUGUCUUUAUUUUUUCAGUUUCUAGAGGUAUAAUUAACAUAUAGUAAAUGUGCAACAUGUGUUUAAAGUGUUCAUAAUCUGAUGACUUCUGGCACAGGUAUACAUCUGGGAAACCAUCACCAUUAUCAAGAUAAGGAGCAGAUCCACCUCCCAUCGGGCUUCCCUAGCCCUUUGUGGUUCCUUCCUCCCUUCCCUGACAUCCCUCCCCACCCUCCCACCCCACGUUUUCUUUGUUGGGUUUUCAAAUGCAAAUUCAAUAUCUUUAAUGGCUAUAGGACGAUUCAGGUUAUCUGUUUCUUCUCAGGUGAGUUUUAUCAGUUUGUGUCUUCCAAGGAAUUUAUUUAAUGUAAAUUGUCAGAUUUAUUUGUAUAAAGUUAUUCAUAAUGCCUCCUUCCUUCCUUCCUUCCUUCCUUCCUACCUUCCUUCCUUUCUUUCCUCUCUCACCUUCCUUCCCUGUGUUGGGUCUUAGUUGCAGCACACAGGAUUUUCCUUGUGGCCCACGGGCUCUUUGUUGCAGCAUAUGGGCUUCUCUCUAGUUGUGGGGCACAGGCUGGGGAGAACGCAGGCUCAGUAAUUGCGGCACAUGGCCUCUCUAGUUGUGGCACGCCCCAGCUCUAGAGUGCACAGGCUUAGUUGCCCUGUGGCAUGUGGGAUCUUAGUUCCCCCACCAGGGAUCAAACCCAUGUCCCCUGCAUUGGAAGGUGGAUUCUUAAUCAUUGGACCACGAAGGAAGUCCUUCCAUUAUUCUUCUUUUGACAUCUGUAGAAUUUGUACAAUGUCCCAUCUCCCAUUCUUUUAUUUUUUAAAAAUUUUAUUUAUUUAUUUAGGCUUCAUUGGGUCUUCAUUGCUGUGCGUGGGCUUUCUCUAGUUGUGGAGAGUGGGGGCUACUCUUCGUUGCGGUGCGCGGGCUGCUCAUUGCAGUGGCUUCUCUUGUUGCGGAGCACGGGCUCUAGGCUCAGUCGUUGUGGCUCAUGGGCUCUAGAGCACAGGUUCAGUAGUUGUGGCGCAGGGGCUUAGUUGCUACAUAGCAUGUGGAAUCUUCCCGGACCAGGGAUCGAACCCAUGUCCCCUGCGUUGGCAGGGGGAUUCUCAACGACUGCACCACCAGGGAAGUUCCUGUUUAUUUAUUUUUUGACUUCACCAUGCGGCAUGCAGAUCUUAGUUCCUCAACCAGGGAUUGAACCCGUGCCCCCUGCAGUGGAAGCUCAGAGUCAUAACCACUGGACCCCCAGGGACGUCCCCUCCCAUUCUUCAUAUUGAUGAUUCUGUGUUUCCUCUGCCUGGCUAGAGGUUUAUCAUUUUUAUUGGUCAUGGGAAAAAACACACUUUGAGUUUGAUUAAUUUUCUCUAUUUUUUUCUGUUAUCUAUUUAAUUGAUUUCUAAUCUGUUAUCUCUGUUAUUUCCCUUCCUCUGUUUACUUUAGGUUUUGUUCUGCUUUUCUAGCUUCUUAAUAUGGUGUCUAUUAGGCCACGUGAGGCUGACCCAAGGCUCCCUGAAGCUGUUCAUUGUUUACAGUCUUGUUUUCUCUGUGUUCCAUUUUGGAUAGUUUCUAUUUCUAGCUGAAUAAUUGCUUCUUCUGCAGUGUCUAAUUGACUGUUAAUUCCACCCGUGUAACUGUCAUCCCAGACAUUAUAUUUUCCAGCUAUGGAAGUUUGAAUGGGUCUGUGUGGUAGUGUCCAUAUCACUGCUCAUCGUAUUCAGGGAUGCCGUGAUCUUCUUGAACAUAUUGAAAUAUAGUUACAAAAAUGGCUUUAGGGACUUCCCUGGUGGCGCAGUGGUUAAGAAUCCGCCUGCCAAUGCAGGGGACACGGGUUUGAUCCCUGCUCCAGGAAGAUCCCACAUGCUGCAGAGCAACUAAGCCCGUGCGCCACAACUAUUGAGCCUGCACUUUAGAACCCAUGAGCCACAACUAUUGAGCCCAUGUGCUGCAGCUACUGAAGCCCAUGCGCCUAGAGCCCCUG